AUGGAAGAAGAUGAAACUGUUGAAACUAUAUUUUCAAGGUUUCAAAUUCUGGUGGCUGGUCUUAAAGUUCUGGAUAAAGGAUACUCCACUGCUGAUCAUGUAAAGAAAAUCAUCAGAAGUUUACCAAAGAAGUGGAGACCAAUGGUCACAACUUUGAAGCUUGCAAAAGAUCUGAAUGCUAUAUCUCUUGAAGAACUUAUCAGCUCCUUGAGGAGUCAUGAGAUAGAACUAGAAGAAGAUGAACCCCAGAAGAAAGGUAAAUCUCUCGCCCUUAAAUCUAAAAGUAAAUUUAAAACUCACGCUUUUCAGGUAGAAGAAGAAAGCUCUGGAGGUUCCUCAUCAGAAGAAGGCGAACUAUCUCUCAUAUCCAAAAGAGUCCAACAACUCUGGAAGCACAGACAAAGAAAGCCCAGAAAUCAUAGAAGAUCUGACGAUUACUCUGAAUCACCUUUUGGACACAGAAAGUAUAGAAACAAGGAAGUUAUUUGUUAUGAAUGCAAUGAACCUGGUCACUACAAAAGCGACUGCGCGAAACUACAAAGGGAAAAUCCAAAGAAGAACUCUAACAAAGAAAAGAAGAAAAGUAUUAUGGCUAUUUGGGACGAUUCAGAAUCUUCUAAAGCAGAAUCAGAAGAUGAGCGUGCCAACAUUGCCUUGAUGGCACACACGUCAAGUAAUGCCAACUCAUCUGAAUUUGAAUCAGAAGUAGAAGAGGUAUUCUCUAAAGUUUCUAGAUCUCAUUUGGAACAAUGUUUAUCAAAAAUUCUUGAAAAAUAUCAAAAACUUCGAAUCAAAUACAAAAACCUGAAACAUGGUCAAGUAUCUGAUUCUGAAGAUUCAAAAAGGCUUAAAGCAGAAAAUUUUGAGUUAAAAGAACACCUUUUCAAACUUAAAAAUGAAAACUCGGUUAUCAAAUAUAAGCUACAACUAACUCGGAAAGAAUGUGACUCAAAAGCUUCUGUAUGUUCUGAUAAUGUUAUUAGAAAAUAUGACCAUAGUUUUCAAAAAUUUCUAGCUAACAGUAUAGAUCGAAGCAAGAUGGCUUUAAUGAUAUAUGUAGUUAGUGGAAAUACUAGAAAAGGUAUAGGGUAUGUGAAACCUAAAGGAAAAUGA